UAAUUGUCAAAUGGUUAAGUUUUAAAUUAUAAAAAAAAAUUAUUCGAGCGGAUAUCAUCAAAGAUCGACAUCCUUUGAAACAUCGACAUGAUUUGUCAUUGACAGUUCAGUUACUGAUAUCGUCGUCAUCAAGAAAACUGUUCCCAUUCCAUAUGGAUCAGGAAUAAAUUCGUUUCGACGUAAACAUUUUUCCAUUAAAUUAUAUUAGAUUGUCGACACAAUGCUGAUGAAUAUGAAUCAUACAUUUGAAUUUUCUCUAUUAUUUUCCAUAAUAAUCAUUUUGUUCUUUUCAACCAAAAUGGUAAAAUUGAAAAUUGUGCCGAAAAAAUCAUUAUCCGAAACGAGCGAUUUAUUGUAUACAUUAGAACUGAAAAUGCCAAAUGUAUUGCCACGAAAAAAUGAUGAUUAUCUUUGUACAUCAAUCAAUAUAAGUAACGAGGAAAUUUAUAUUAAGAAGUUCGAUCCAAAUGCCAAUUCAAAUCGUAUACAUCAUAUUAUAAUAUUUGGUUGUAAAAAUCUUCAAAAUCAUCAUAAUCAAUUAUUAUAUCCAAAUCAUUGGCCUUGUAUACAUCUACCGAUUUGUCCAGGUAUGCGUAUCAUAUAUGCAUGGGGCCGUAAUGCACCAUCAUUGCAACUGCCACCGGAUGUUGGUUUUCAUGUUGGUGGUUUAUCCGAUAUAAAUUAUCUUAUAUUGCAAUCACAUUAUUCACAUCCAUUACAAGAACAUGAUUCAAGUGGUGUUCGCUUGCUGUACACCGUUCAACCACAACCAUAUAUCGCUGGAAUACUGUUGCUAUCAUCUGUGGAUGGUAUAAUUCCACCACAUCAAUCAAAAUAUCAUGUUGAUAUAAAUUGUCGUCUAAAUCGUGAUCCAAUCACAGUGUUUGCUUAUCGUGUACAUGCCCACGCAUUAGGUACGGUUAUUUCGGGUUAUCGUUAUUCACAUAAUAAAAAUAAAUGGGACCUUAUUGCUAAAGGUAAUCCACAAUGGCCACAAGCGUUUUAUCCAAUGUCAGAUAAUGAUAAUUUAAUGCAAAUCAAUAGUCAAGAUAUUAUUGCUGCACGUUGUACAUACAAUUCUAGUGAACGUAAUACAUUAACCAGAAUGGGUUCAACUGCUGGUGAUGAAAUGUGCAAUCUAUAUUUGAUGUAUUAUUCGGAAAAUCCAUUGCUGAUGGCUGAUGAUUCAAUGUCGAAAGCAUUUUUUUAUUCAUUGAAUGAACAACGUUCUGAUAUUGAUUCUUGUAGUGGUAUUGAAUUUGAAUCGGAUUUAUAUCUUAAUCUUCCUGAUGGAAAUGAUCAACCAUUACCACGGAAUAUAACAUUGGAACAAUCAGCUAUUGGACAACAUUCAUCACAUCAACAUGUUGAUCCAAAUCAUAGUGAUGGUGAUGUUAUGAAUGAAGAGGAAUCUGCACGAAAACAAUUGGAAUUUAUUCAGGAUCCAGAUUGGCCAACAAAUAAUUUUCAAUUUGGACAAAUUACAGCCGUUGAUUUUGACCAAUCCGGAAAUGUAGUGAUAUUUCAUCGUGGAAAACAUGUAUGGAAUGAAUUAUCAUUUGAUUGGCAGAAUAAUUAUCGUCGUAUACAGAACGGGCCUAUUGCACAAUCAACAAUCAUAACUAUUGAUCCGAAAUCGGGAAAAAUUCUUGACAGUUGGGGUGAGAAUCUUUUCUUCAUGCCACAUGGUCUAACUAUUGAUCAGAAAAAUCAUUCAAUUUGGCUGACUGAUGUUGCUAUGCAUCAAAUAUUUCGUUAUUCACUUAAUCGAUCUGAACGAAAACAACCAUUAUUAGUACUGGGUGAACGUUUCAAACCGGGUGAUGAUGACAAACAUUUUUGUAAACCAACAUCCGUAGCCAUUGAUUAUAAUAAUGGUGAUCUAUAUGUAGCCGAUGGUUAUUGUAAUAGUCGUAUCAUUCGUUUUGAUUCGAAUGGAAAAUAUCUUAAUCAUUGGGGACAUAAACCGAUUAUUAACAGUGGCGAUUUACAAUCGAUUCGUCCAUCACCAAAUUCAUUAAAUGUUCCGCAUAAAAUUUUGUUAAUCGAUCAGGAAGCGGAUGAUGAAAAACUUGCAUGCAUUGCUGAUCGUGAAAAUGGACGUAUCGAAUGUUUUCUUACACCAUAUGGACAAUUUCGUUUCCAGAUACGUUUACCACAAUUUAAUGGGAGAUUAUUUUCCAUUGCUUAUUCCAAACAAAUGAACAUUUUAUAUGCAGUAAAUGGACCAUCAUUGAUGCCACCACCGCCAUCCGAUAUGGAUCAGAAAUCAUCGACCGUGAUGGCAUUUGCAUUCGAUUUUCAAACACAACAACCAUUGGCUACUUUUGUACCAAAAUUAACUGGAACAUUCAAUCAACCACACGAUUUAGCCGUAUCUCCGUCCGGUAACGAAGUGUUUGUUGUCGAAAUUGGUCCGAAUUAUAUUUGGAAAUUUAUUAAUUCUAAACCCAUGGAGCAACAGCAACCUUUUGUUGAUAAAAUGAUCGUUGAUAAAUUAAAAUCAAAACAAGCAAUGAAAAUGAUAUCGAACAAUGGCAUGCCAAUCAAAUCGAAAAUAUUAACCAACAAUACAAAAGAUAAAUCAACAGAAAUUGAUGAAAAGGAAAAAAAUUUAGCCAUAUCCAAUGUUAAUUUUUCAUUCGAAUUGUUACAAAUUCGUACGAAAGAAUUUCGUGAAAAAGUUUGGUCCAACAAUAUUUUAUAUUUUGUCCUUCUUGCAUUGUUUAUAUUCAUUAUGAUACUGAAUAUUCAUCAUACAUCAUCAACAUUAAGAUUUUUUUCAUUAAUAUUUUCAUCAUUAUUGAAUUCAAUGAAAUUUCGAUUGAUUUCCAAUCGUUCCACCAAGAUGAAUAGUGAACGUAUUAGUUUAAGUAAUGUUUUAAAAUCAUCAAGAUCAUCAUCAUCGAAACGUAAAUCAUUACGUUUGGGUGAUAAACGUUAUGGUGGUUUUAAUCGUUUGCCACAAAAUGAAGAAGAAUCUGAUCUAGUCAUUGUCACUGAUGAUGAUUCGAACGAUGAUGAUUCAGAUGUUCUUGAAGAUUUUAGUUUAACACAGCAACAACAACUGCAAAACAACAACAGUCAUGUUAUUUAAAUUUUUUAAAUGAAAAUCAAUCAAUACUCAUCGAUCAUCUUCAUUUUAUAAUUUUUCCUCUGAAAAUAUUUAUUUUGAUUUUGUAAAUGAUUUCUAUUUCU